GCAAAGGAAAUAGAGGUAGGAAAACUGAGGUCUAACAGCUUUGUCUGAUCUCUGAUAAUUGAUCCCAGAAAGCAAAAGCUCCACUCCGCUGAAAAACAUGGAAGACCUUGAAUCACUCUCCUCCCAUGGCUUCCCAUUCGAAUGCAGACCCUAGAGAGUAAAAGUUUCAGAAUUUACAUUUUUUGAGCUAGUUGGAGAAGCAUGAAGGGCCAUGAACACAAGAUGGCAAGAAUGGAGGACAUUCUAAACCUUCCGGUACAAGAUCCUCCAUGUGCCGAGUUUUCUGCUACUCAUAUCAAGUGGGUGAAAGUAGAAGGCGGUCGCCAAGGCGGCGAUGAUAUUGCCCUAAUCCCAUUUGCUAGGGUGGGUGAUUUUGUAAAAGGAGAAUCUUCAAAUGCCGAAUGCCCUGCCAGCUUCCGCGUCGAGUCAAGAAGGAAGAGACCUGAGGGGAGCAUCAGCAAGCCAAGGGUUGACGGUUAUCUUGAAUAUACACUAUACUGGUGUUCAUAUGGUCCUGAAGACUACCGAGAGAAUGAAUCUGGUCUGGUGGAUGGUUCUAGUACAAAGCCAGCAUCCGGAAAGGGAAGCAGGCCUGGAAGGCGUCACAUGAUGAGAGGCUGCCUAUGCCAUUUCACUGUAAAGCGCUUAUAUACCCGGCCACUCCUUGCUCUCAUCAUCUAUAACCAGAGAAAUCAUGUAGAUAAGUCAGGAUCUCCGUGCCAUGGUAUACUUGAUCAGGAUGCUAUGGGAACGAGAGCCAUGUAUGCUCCACGAAUAUCAGAGGAGCAACGCCAGAAAGUGAUGUCUAUGCUUUAUGUUGGAAUUCCUUUAGACAAUAUAAUUCAGCAUCACAUGGAGCUGGUCCAGGGGCAUGGUGGACCUCAUAACCGUGAUGAUUUUCUAAGUCGCAACGAUGUUCGAAACAUGGAAAGGGGGAUUCGUAAUUCUUCUCCUCAGUUACAUCCAGAUGAUGGAUGCAGUAUAAAGAUGUGGGUUCAACGCCAUCGCAAGCAUGUUUUCUAUUUUCAAGAUAGCUCUGGUUCGGAGCCAUUUGUUUUAGGGAUACAGACAGAUUGGCAGCAGCAACAGAUGCUCCAGUAUGGACAUAAUAAUUACGUAGCUGUCCAUUCAACAUUUGGCUUAAAGAAACUUAAGUAUCCGCUGUGUACAUUACUUGUUUUCAACCCAUCUCGGAAUGCCAUACCAGUUGCUUGGAUCAUUACCUCCUCUUUCAUCAGUCAAGAUAUCCACAAGUGGAUUGGGCCACUGGCUGAAAGAAUCCGAACCAAGGACCCAGGAUGGAGACCCGAUUCCUUUUUAGUGGAUGAUCCUUCCUUUGAGAUUUCUAUAUUAAGGGACGCUUUCCAAUGCCGGGUCUUAUUAUGUAUCUGGCAUGCUCGGCAUUCUUGGAUAAGACGGAUUUUAAAGACAUGCUGCAACUUUGAUGUGCAGCGAGAGGUAUUUAAGCAGUUAGGCUGGCUUUUGUACAGCACAAGGAGCGGGUCGAAUGCCAUGGAUGCAGUUGAGGAGUUUGUGCAAGUAUUUGUUGAUCAAUGUGCCUUUAUGGAUUAUUUUAAGAGGCGAUGGUUACCAAAUUUAGAGUUGUGGGUGAAUUGCAUAAGGUCUCUUCCUGUGGCCAGUCCAGAGCCAAAUGCUGCAAUUGAGUCCUAUCAUGCGAGGUUGAAAUCCAAGCUUUUCAAUGAACAAUAUGCGAAUUCCUGGUUGAGAGUCGACUGGUUGAUACACACACUCACAACUGAAUUUCACUCUUCGUAUUGGUUAGACCAAUAUAGCACGGAGACCGGGUAUUUUGAAAAUUUGAGGGACAAAUCUUUUUCAACGAAUGCUUGGUAUCAGGCACUGCAGAUCCUAGAUGUUGAUGUCAUACUAGAUGAGCAAAAUCUUCAGUAUGCAAAGGUCAUCUCACAAACGGACAGAAGCCUGGCAUACACUAUCUGGAACCCUGGUUCGGAAUUCUCAUUCUGUGAUUGCCCUUCGUCAAGGCUGGGAAAUCUCUGUAAGCAUGUCAUCAAGGUAGCAAUCUCAUGUAAAGAUCGGCAGGUUGCAAGACCAUUAUUGGCAGCUCAAGUUUAUCGGCAGGCCUUGCUUACUCUUCUUCAAAAUAUCCCAGAUGAUCCUCUAGUUCUUGAUCAUGCCAUUUUACAUGCGACCCGUUUGCAACAGGACAUUAAAGCCUUGGAAGUAUUGUCUAAUAGUGGUUUGCUCCAGCCUUUAACUUCAGAGAUUAAUUCACAUGUAACAGACAAUGUACUUUUUCCUCAUCUUGAUUGAUUAGGCCAUCAAAAUUGAGAUGCUCACAUGCAUGAUGCUUUGAA